GGCACGGUUUAAACGUUAGGUCCUUUUGAAAUGUGCCCGCCCUUUCGUUUCAACGACCUUGAACGGCUUGACUAGAGGCGGUCAUUCCGUAUUUCAAUUGCCGUGGGUUGGUUGGAUUGCAUGAGUAUCAAGUUUUUUCAUAUAUAAGUCAUCUUAUGCUACAUAAAAAAGCACGAAAUAAAUACCAAAACCAUUAAUUUAGCGUUCUCUGUUUUGUAGUGUUCACUUUGGCUCAGUUGUUGCUCUGUAAUUUGAUCUUUGAUCCCAACAACUGUAGUAAAGCUCAACGAAAUGUCAAGUCACAGGUAAAUCCUAAGUAAUUGUAGUAUUUCCUUGGGUUACUAUUGUUGCAAGGAAUAACUUUUUAAUAAUUAGUCAUGUCUGUUUUUAGUGCUUCAUGCUCAAGUGACAUUUCAGUCGACCUAACCGAUGCCUUUCGAAGUAUGAUACUGAACAAGCAUUUCGUGUUGUGGGAUGAUUUUGAAAGCGCCUUAAAAGAGUUCCAAAAAGUAUGGAAUUAUAAUUUUAUCGCUUCUCAGACUACUUAUACUCGUUACAUCCACACAGAAAGCAGAUUGCUAAAGGAUGUCAGGUUCAAAUACCUGUUUGUAUCAUUUAAUUGUACGUUUGGUCAUAAACGGAAAUCGGAAGGUUUGAAAGUGAGGCAAAAAUCGUAAGAUCUUAAACUAAUAUCUUAUGUUUAAGGUCUAAAUUCCGUGUAAGACUAGAGGAGCAAGGAUAUGUCAUCAAAUCCUACAACAUGCUCCACAAUCAUCCAUGUAGUAGUUCAUGGAUGGUAUGUGAUCCAUGGACAAGGAGAUUAUCGUCAGAAGAAAAAGAGAACUUGAAGCCCGUAAUACUUCACUGUGAGUCAGCAGAUGAAGUUAUCGAAAGUAUUAAGGAGAGAACUGGUAAGCAAGUAACUGCUGCCGAUGUCAAAGGUAUGAAAGCUACACUCUCCACUGGUAAGUGUAUAUAAAUAUAUUUCAGGUUGUUUUACUCGGAAGCAGGUAAUGGAUAUGCUUAGACAGAAAGGCGAAGUGAGGGAACAUUUAGAAAAUGGAUAUGCCACUAGAAUAUGUUUCAGUAGUUAUAACCAAAUACAACUGUACAGGAAAUAUCCAGAAGUUUUGUGCAUUGAUUCUACGUAUAAUACUAAUAAUAAAAGUGAAUAUGUUUAUCGUUGUAUUUUACUAUGUAGAUAUUCGUUAUUCCAGUUAGUGGUGACGGAUAAUUGCGGUCGAGGUCAAACUGUAAUGUUUGCGUGGACUCGAAGGGAAAAGCGUGCCGAUGUGAUAUGGAUUUUAGAUCAAUUCAAAGAGAUAAUGGGUGACACAAUGUUGACUGAAACAUUUGUGAUGGAUUGCGCACGAUGUGAAAGCGCGGCUGUCUGUAUAACACAUGGACAUGCAAACACAAUUUUGUGUGCCUUUCAUGUAAUUCGCGCUUUCCGGAAAAAGGUACACUAAUGGUUACUUAUAUAAAAUUGCCCUUAGACAAACGACAAAAUAAUGCUACUUGCCUACGUUAAAAGAUGAAAUCUUACAGGUAAGCUAUAUCAAUUAUGAAAUACUAACUGCAUAGCUCAUCAACUUCUUAGGUAUUGUAGCAGAUGGAAGUUACAUAAUACCCAGAACUUCCAAAAUUAUACAUUAACUGCAUUACCACGACGGAGUGAAGUGUAUAUAAGUAUUCAACGAAGUCAAAGAAUCCAUAAGCAUCGCAUCAUUGAGAAGUAUGGUGAACGUUUUGCAACGGAAGUUGAGAAGAAAGUGGACAAUUAUUACUUAAGAAUUCUUAAUACCAACUUGUAAACUUGAUUUUCUGCUUUAGCAGCAAUGAUUACUCAAUAAACUUUCAUAAUUUU